UUAUCUAAUUUUUAGACUUUCAUAACUUUGUCCUGUUUUUAUCGUUUUGAAAGAUGUGGGAGCAGCAGCAGUCUGUCGCCUCCUCUGCUGCCACCGCUGCAUCUCCGUCCUCCUCCACCAGCCGGUCUCCUUCAGCCAGACCGUCACCCUCCAACACUCCACCGCCUCCUCAGCCUCCCCAGCCAUCCUCAUCCUCCCUGAGGAAGAGAAGGUCCAGAGUCCUGUCGAGUUCCUCUGAGGAUGAGGAUGACGACCAGCUGCUGAUGAAGCAGACAGCUGCUGCAGCAUCUCCUCUUCCUCCUCUUCCUCCCUCGCCUGCUGCUGUCAGACCGGUUGCUCCUCCAGCUCAGCUCCUCCUGCUGGGAGCUUGGAGGAGCAGCCUGCCUCCAGAGCAGCAGGACUGGGUCAGCAAGGCCCUGUUUGUGCAGGACCAGACAGGGAGGCCGGUCCUGUCUGAGGAGCUCCAGCUCUGGUACCACCCACCUGGUCCCCGGUUGGUCUACAGCCAGCGUCCCUCCAGCCCCGACGCUUUCUUUCAGCGGCCCUUCUUCUUCUGGGCUCCGUAUCGGAUGUGGCUUUACCGCCUCAAGUGUCCGGAUUGUGAGCACAAGCUCACAGCCUGCGGGAUUUACAAGACCAUCCGCAAAGUCCUGGACCUUGAUGGAUGGUAUUAUAUGGGCACGGAGUACCUGGAGUGCAGGUCAUGUGAGAAGAAGGUGGCGGGCUGGUCGGACUGUGUGACCAAGCAGCUGGACUUGGACCACCAGCAGCUGUUCCCUGCAGUGCUGGCGUACAAGCUGUCGUGUGAUAAGAAGGUUCUGGCUCUGAUGAAGACGCUGGGUGUCGGCCGCCUUCGCUCCUUCCUCGUCGAGCAGCACAAAGCGGAGUGGAUGAGGCGCUGCUCUCACUACCUGCACACCUGCAGGAGGUGUGACGUCCCCGGAGCGCAGAUGCCUCCUCCUUCUCCUCCUCACGCACUGCCGAAGAUGGAGCCGGUACCCAGCAGCACCUGGCUGUGCAAACAGUUGAAGCAGGAGAAGACCACCCUCUGCACCGCCGCCCCCCCCAUGCAGGCCCCUCCUCAGGCGGAGGAGACCCAGCCCGCCCCGAGCACCUCCGUCAGCCAGCACCCGCCACCACCGGAGGGAGAGGAGGAAGAGGAGGAGGAGGAAGAGGAGCCCACCGCCGGCCCAUCCUGGGCUUCUCCUGCCCCGAGCACCUCCGCAGCCUCUCAGACGCCAAAGUCGACCGUCCGUCAUCGUCGGAGAGCGAUGGAGAUGAAGGUGGGGGCAGCUGAGAGAGGACAGACUCCGAACAGAAGAGCGUCCUCAGUCCGCCGCUGUGGAACGUGCGGGCUGAGGCAGAUUAAAGAGACGGGCCACAGAGAGCUGAGGAAGACGAGCGGGGAGAAGGUGAACUACUGUCCUGUAGCUGCUAAAGGACAGAACCCAGAGGAGUGGCUGGCCUCCCUCCAUACCUGACCCCCCCCCCCCACCAGGAGCUUACUGUAAAUAAUGUAAAUAGACAUUGUGUGUAAAUGUUUUUUUUAUAUAUAUAUAUCAUGUUUGUACAUAGUUUGUAUUGUCACUACGUCUCUACUGAGCUUAAACAACAUGUUUGGGUACUAGACAGUCGCUCUGCUGGCUUUAAUUGAGCUUCUGUAAAGACAGACGGUUCUCCAACAGGUGACAACGACGUCAACGAGCACUUGAGUACUGGUGAACAGCUGAGGUUCACUGGUGUUCACUGUGUGGAGACCAGUUUGUGAUUGUUGGGUGAUUAAAAUGUGUGACGAGGUUCAGCGCUGUUAAUUCUGAUUAUUGAAUAUGUUGCAGUUCUACAUCUUUAUUCUGCGUAUUUAUUUGUGUGUGUAAGUCUGAGGUUAAUAACACUGUGCUCUUGUUAACUUGUCACAAAUAAAGUUUUAUUGUACUUCCUGUUUUAUUGCGUCAUUCCUGAAUGUUGAAUAAAGGAAUAAACUGUUACACAAACACAUCUGUCGUUCUUCA